AUGCUGUCACCUGUGAUAUCAACCAUCAUCCAAGCGCAGAAAGCCAGCUAUCAAAAUGGGAGCGCAACGGAGAAUGACGCCACGGGGGGGACUAGCGCGGGGUACCCCUUUUUAGAAGGCACUCAGGACUUGGUCAGCCUGGGACGGGCCCAGAGCCGGUACUGGACCUUUUUCGGGUUUCAGGGCGACUCUUACGGGCGCAUCGUGGACAAGACAAAGAUCAUCUGCAAGCUGUGUGCGGUCCGGCUGUCGUACAGUGGAAACACCACCAACCUGAGGCAGCAUCUGAUCUACAAGCACCGUGCGGAAUACAACCAGCUGGUUGGGGCGCAGUCCGCUCUGCCUCCCCCUCUGAAAAAGCCCUUGGAGGCCCCUCUCCCACUCCCGGCUCAGGCCACCAACCCCAACGCUAACGGGAUGCCUCCCAAACCCGGGGGCCCCUCUCUGCACCAUCGGGUCACCCAAGCGGUCGCGGAAUUCCUCGUGCGGGACCUCCUGCCCUUGGAGACAGUCCGAGGAGAAGGCUUCCUGCAGAUGAUGUCCGCCCUGGAGCCUGCUUACCAGGUCCCCCGGCCCCACAGCCUGGCCCAGACGGUCCUGCGGGAGGCCCGCUCGCGGGGGCGGCUCGCCCACCUGCGGGAUUUGGAGGCUCUGCCGGGAUGCUACGCUCUGAGCCUGGAUCUGUGGGAGCAUCGGCAGGCCGGCUCUCGCCUGACCCUCCUGGCUCACUUCGUGGACGACUCCUUCCGCUACCACAACCUGGUCCUGGGCACCGGCCCGGCGUGCCGCGGCGAGAGGCUGAGGGAGGCGGCCCGGGAGUGGGGGGCCGGGCACCCCAGUUUUGUGGUGGAGGGCUCUGCGGGCGUGGAAGGCAGCGUCGCCCUCUUGUCGUCGCCGCUGCUGCCCGGCGGGUGGCGCGGGGUGCCCUGCGCGGGGCAGGUGUUCAGGGGGUGUGUGGAGGCGGUCCUGGCCCGGGAGGACGUGUCCAGGGCGGUGGGGAGGAGUCGAGUGAUGGCACGCAGGCUGUUGGCGUCUCCGAUUGAAGCCGUGCAGUUCAGAGGGAGGGAGCCUUUCCUCAGAGAGAAGCUGAGGUCUCUCUCCCUGGAGGGCGCUCAGUGGCACAGCUUCCAGGCUCUCGCUCAGUGCCUCUCGGAGCACCGGCUCCUGCUGUCCAGCCUGCGGGAGAUAGGGGGCGCCGACGAGCACCAGGACCAGGAGGAGGAGGGAGCGGUGUGGGGCUGCGGUUUGGACUCCCAGGACUGGGACCUCCUGCGCGACCUGGGGGACGUCCUGAAGCCCCUGGCGGUCGCUUCGGCCACGCUGGCGGCCGACCGCUUCUCCAGCCUGUCCCUGGUCAAGCCUCUGCUCACCAGCCUGGUCUACAGGCACCUCGCCCCAGCUGAGGCGGACUCCCGGUUCACCUCGGAGGCGAAAGCCUCUCUCCGGGAGGGGCUGGCCGGCUCUUACAGCGACCCCCAGGUCAACCGGACCCUGAACCUGGCCUGCGCGCUGGACCCCAGAUUCAGAGGUUUGGACUUCCUCAGCCAGGCCGAUCGGGUGGAGACCUUUGACCUUCUGAAGAGGGAGGCGUCCGAGCUGGGAAAAGGAGGCGACGGGGCGGAACAGGAGAGGGGCGGAGAAACCCGGGACGACGCCCCGCCCGCUCCCAAAAAACCCAAGCCCUCUGGCUCCGGGAUCGAGUUCCUCCUGGGGGAUCUGUGCAGCGUCAGGAGCGGCCUGGGGGGCUCCGCCCGCCAGCAGGCCGAGCAGGAGAUCGGCAGCUUUCAGACCAGCGAGGCGUCCUCCCUCUGCCAGGAGCCCUUGAACUGGUGGAAAGUCCACCGCUCCCAGUAUCCCUUGCUGGCCAGGGCGGCGCGGAAGUUCCUGGCCGUCCCGGCGACGGCCGUCCCGGCAGAUUGGGUGUUCACGGAAAAAGGGGGCGGGGUCUACCGGAAGAGGGCGGGGCUCUCUCCAGAACACAUUGACUUGAUGGUUUUCCUGCACGGCAAUAAUUAUUCAGUGGAGUUUAGCGAUGACAGUAAUAAUAAUACUGUCAAUAAUAUCAGUAGUAAGAAGGACUGAUCUUUAAAAUCCAUUCUCUCACCUCUUAUUAGCUUUAUUAACAGGAUCACUGACCCCUCCCUUUAAAGGAGCGCU